AUGGAGGCAGCAUCGCAGCGGGUAUUAUCUUGCGGCGUGCGGUUGCACCCGUCAAACCAAUUAAUAUCCCGAGUUUUUUCGUCUCCGUCCAUUCCCACAGCUGCCGCCCUCCGCUCCAUCAGCUCCCUACCUUACUCCUCUCCGCCGUCCUCCCGUAAAUCUCGAAUGCUAACAUGUCCCAACCAAUUCCGACGCUUCGGAAGCACUCCUCGCCGUCUUGCUGGCGAAAACGCCUUUGGUUUCCCCUCCAACGCUCAACCGGGGCCGACAUCCUACUUCUCCCACAGACAAUCACUACCCAUGAACACGGUGGUCAGGUUCGUGCCGCAGCAGACCGCGUGGAUUGUGGAGCGCAUGGGGAAAUUCAAUCGGAUUCUGGAACCUGGGUUGGCGAUCCUGGUUCCGUUUUUGGACCGUAUUGCUUACGUCAAGAGCUUGAAGGAGGCCGCGAUCGAGAUUCCGAGCCAGAAUGCGAUUACGGCGGAUAACGUUACUUUGGAGUUAGAUGGUGUAUUGUACACGAGGGUGUUUGAUGCGUAUAAGGCUAGUUACGGAGUCGAAGAUGCGGAGUACGCCAUCUCGCAGCUUGCUCAGACCACAAUGCGGUCGGAAAUAGGUCAACUUACCCUGGAUCAUGUGCUGAAGGAGCGCGCAACGCUCAACACGAAUAUUACGCAGGCUAUCAACGAAGCCGCGCAGGAUUGGGGUGUUGUCUGUCUGCGGUACGAAAUCAGAGAUAUUCAUGCUCCCGAAGGAGUUGUCGCCGCCAUGCACCGCCAGGUUACCGCUGAGAGGUCCAAGAGAGCCGAAAUCCUGGAGUCUGAGGGACAGAGACAGAGUGCUAUUAACAUUGCGGAGGGCCGAAAGCAGUCCGUUAUCCUUGCCUCCGAGGCUCUCAGAAGCGAGCAGAUUAAUAUGGCAACCGGCGAGGCAGAGGCGAUUAUGCUCAAGGCCGCUGCAACGGCGAAGGGGAUUGAUGCCGUAGCUAAAGCCAUCCGGGACGGCCAGGAGAACGCGCAGGGUGCUGUGAGCUUAAGCGUUGCGGAGAAGUAUGUCGAGGCCUUCUCGAAAUUGGCGCGUGAGGGGACCGCUGUUGUUGUUCCUGGGAAUGUUGGGGAUAUUAGUGGUAUGAUUACUAGUGCAAUGGCUGUCUAUGGAAAGGUGAACGAAGGGCAAAUUAAGAGUAUGGCUGCGAAGGCGAUUGGGGCACGGGGCCAAGGGUCGCAAGAGGAGGGCGGAGAAAUGGAGGAAGUUUCUAGGACGGAGCCGAAGCCUGGAGAACUGACGCAAGGCCACUUUGGAGACACUGCUAAUGCUAUUACUGAAAAGAAAGGGCAUGUUGCGGAUAGUGUGCUUGAGGGAUUCGAGCAGACUAGUCGACGGAGGAGUUGGUGA